UUCUGGAUUUGCAACUGAAGUUUCAAAGAUAACACAACAUGGCUCACUGCUUAUCAAGAUUUUCAAUUUCUCAACCUUUUCCAUUUUCUGUCAACAAUCCAAAAUUUUCCUACUACUCUGUUCCAAUAUCUAGUAGAGGUUGUAAUAACAAAGUGAAGGCCAUGUCAGUUGAUGAAAGACACAAUCUUGAAAAGAACAAGCACCAAUCUCAGCAACCCAUAAAGAGAUCACCCCAAAUGGCCCCUGUUGGGUUGUGGGAUAGGUUCCCAACAGCAAGGACAGUGCAACAAAUGAUGGACACAAUGGACAGAAUCAUGGAAGACCCUUUUGCUUUAAAUGGAAAUUGGGUUGCAGAAGAAGAUGUUGGGUACAGAAGAGGAAGGACACCAUGGGAGAUAAAGGAAAGUGAAGGAGAAUACAAAAUAAGAUUUGAUAUGCCAGGCAUGACCAAAGAAGAUGUGAAGGUUUGGGUAGAAGAGAAAAUGUUGGUUGUGAAAGCUGAGAAAGUGGCCAAGAAAAUAAGUGAGGAAGAAUGGUCUGCUAAGAGCUAUGGAAAGUAUAGUACAAGAAUUGCAUUGCCUGAGAAUGUUGAGUUUGAGAAGAUUAAGGCUGAGGUUAAAGAUGGUGUCUUGUACAUUACUAUACCAAAGGCUGGUAGUAAUCCCAAGAUUUUUGACAUUAAUGUUGAAUGAAUUAACAAUUUUGAUCUCUAGUUUAUAUUGUCUCUUAGUCAUAUAUAGACGCUUCUCUUGUAUAAGUUCUCUUUCUUAAGGUUUAUGGCUAAAGUUGUAGAUUAGUAAGGGCUUAUCUUGUAAAUUUAAUAGCUCUAGGAGGCAAGUGAAUGUGGCCACCCCUUCUGAGGUGUAAUAUUACUAAUUAGUCACUUUUUACAUUUACUA